AUGGCGCAAGGGCUUUCGGGUUGGCAAAAUAGGAGCAGCAGCGACAAGGUAAGAAAUGCAAAGGCACCAGGAGAAGGAGGAGCAAGGAGUAGGACCAGGAACAAGAAGAGAAUGUCGUGGUCAAUUGCAUCUCACUGGUACCAGGUGACCAUUUGUCUUGCGCGCCGACGAGUUUUGUUGCAGACGCCCACACUCUUUGAUAUACCUUACCUUUCUGCUGGCCAAGAGAUUGAUUCUCUUCGCGGCCGUCUUCAUCCUCUCCAUGUUCAGGACUGCUACACCCAGGUAUGGAUACUGUCGUCAUCGCCACCAUCAGCGGAAGUUCUUCAGACUUCAUCUACUUUACCUUACUGCACCCCAAGCCGCAUUACCAACCCUUCCAUCCAGAUCCCAUCAUCUAACCACCUAUCCGCACCCGCACCGCACACUGCCGUCUUCCAAGGUACCCGAGGUUUGGCACCCUGUUUGCCUCGUACCUGA